CUGACUAUUAUACGAUGAGCAGUCAAAACAUGAAAUUUUCAUCAAGAAGGUUACUCAUUCUGGCCGGACUAAUCGGCUAUUUACUUUAAUCUGCAGAUUUGAGAAGUUGGUUGCCCAUCUAUUUUGUGAUAACAAUGUUUGGAAGUGCAGUGGUGUGGCGCUUGUCAAAGUAUUUAAUUGCUGCUGAAGUAGUCUGCUUUGGAGGUGCUUACUAUGUGUGGCACAAAAUGAAUAUCAACCAAGAAUACAGAAGACGCAUGCAUGAAACCCAUCCAUACGUGCUGGAACUCUUCUAUAGGACAGCUGAGAUGGGACAGAUAAAGGAUGCCAGACCCAAUGACUACAGGCAAUGGGGAAUUUUGACUGACACUGACACAGGAUCUGAAACUGGAUCGUCGUGAUGAUCUAUUACACCAUAGUUACCUGCGAACAAUAACCAAGUAGACUCUGCUUAAGAUCUGCUUAAGUGCCUUCUUGCAUCUAGCUGGCUCAUCAACAGGCUUGAAAAAACAUAAAGGCCACGGAGGCCUCUGUUGCUCCUGAUCUCGGCCUUGGUGCCCCCUGCCAAAGUUUCCAUAGACUUUAAGAUUUUCUAAUGGAAGUACCAUUUGCCAAAUGAUAAUGGCCUUUCCCUCUUAAAAAUGGAACUGUUAAUGACCUUUUCAGGUUUUGUAUAAUUAUUUGUGCUAUUACUCAAUAAUUACACAUGUUAGUGCAUGACUCAAAAGAUUAGUCAGUUCCAUAAAUCAGCAUGUGGGAAUGAGAUAAAAGUGAGGUUUGUUAGGAAUUGCUGACAAGAUUCUUGAUGAAGUUUACCCAGUUGCCUUGGGCUCCCCCCCCCCCCAAUUAACCAAACCAAUAUUCCCAGGUUGUAUCGUAAUUUGAGUGUGA